CAAUACAAAAUGGCGGAUGCGGCAGCCCAACGAGAAGCUAGGCGAAAGAAAAUAUUGCAAAACUCAGAAGAUAGAAUUAAAAGGAUAUAUGGUUUAAAUUCUAAUGAAGGUGUUGCGGAACAACCAAUACCAACUGAGCAAAAAAAUGAUGAAGAGCUGCUUGAAAGUUCCCAGCCUCAUUAUAGCCUUAGAAAUAGACAUCAUAAAACUGUUGCUUCACCACAGAUAUCAACACAUGAAACUCCUCUUAUAAAUGAGCCACCAGUUCAACCUUCCUUGACUGGUCAUAAUUCCUCAACAUUUGACGAUGUGCCGUUGACAAAUUUUCACAACACUUUAAGUGAUUCACUUCACAAUGAUGAAAAUGAGGCAGAAACCAAUGCAGUACCAGAAUCAACAACAAAAAUAAAUACAAAUAAUAAGAUGUCAGACUUUGUCAUGGAUUCAAAGUCCUUGGAGAUUUUAAAACUGUCUGUGUUUGCCUUAACUGCAUUUGUCUCUCGGUUUCUACUGAAAUUUGGGUUUGGACUGUUUUUACUGCAAAGUAUUUUCUAUCCAUUCAUCUUUCUGGAGAUAGCCAUAGCUUAUACAGUACACACUUACUUUCAGCACAUACCAGUAAUGCAAUCCAAAGGAAACAUGAUGGUAGCUGCUCUCAUGUUGUGUGGAAUCAAGCAGGAUAUUCUGGAUUCAUACACCAAAAUAAUGGCCCACGUAUCUUUGGCUGUCAGUGAUUUUUGUGUUUAUUUGUUUUUCUUCAUUUUUUCUCAUGCAGUAAUAAAAUAAUUCCCUGCGGCACUUAUUUGUUAUUGGGUUGUUAUUUUUUCCACUGCUGACUACUAUUAGUUUUUAAAAUUAGUACAAUGUAGUGAUGGUUGUUUCAUGGGUAAUAUAUAACUUUUGAAGGUAGGUUUAUCCUCUAGCUGCAUUAGCUACCAGUGCCAGUAUACUUUGAACUCCACAACUCCCAAUCUGACCAUUGUAUCACAGGAACCUUCAUAACACUUUUUAAAGCAUUUUGGAAGUCAUAAUGACAUUCCUAUGACAUAGUAUAUAUAAAAAAUUUAAAAAAGAUUGCAUAUUCCAGAUUUUUUAAAAGAGUUAUAACAAAUUAUUUGCCACCUUUUAAAGAUAAUUUCUAAAUGCUUUUUUUACCUUAUACUUUUAAGUUCUUUUUUGGUUAGAUAUACUGACAUUACUAACAAUCUACUUCAAAAGGUCUUUCAGUUUUAAGUUGUAGAUCAAAGCAUCCAGAUAUCUAUGGAAAGGUUGAAUCAUUGUACUAUAUGUUCUGUAUUUUAGAAUUAAAAGGAUAACAAUUAUUAGAAAUGCCAAUAAAGUAAUUUUGUAAUUAUUAGUUGAAACCUAUUUUCCAUUGGAAAAAAAAUUCUUUUUAUUGGCAUUCUGAAAUCAGGGUCCAGCAUUAGGGCAAUUACAAAACUUUUUUUAAAAAGGCCUCAUCUUCAUUAGUAAAUAGGUUAUUAAAUUUAAAUGUUAUUGAGCUUUCAUAUUUCUGCUCUUUUGAACAUGGUAGUUGUGCUUGUUUUACAUGAAAUAACAUUUAACUGCUACAGUAGUUUACACCUGUAAAUUAACCCUCUAUGUAGUAUGUUGUAAAAGUUUUGAAGAAGUAAAAAAAAAACUAAAAUUGUGUUUAUUUAAAUAAGUUUUCAUAUAUACUACUUUUGCAUUAUAUUCCUUUAGUUCAAUUCUUUAUAUUAGCUAGCUAACCCAUAUUACUAGAGUAGGAGUUUCAUUUCAUGUAUAAUCUAUAUAGGUUCACUAUGUUGAAUUAAGAACUAUUUGUUACCCUUACAAACAAGCUUUUGCUGUUUCCUGUUACAUGAGAAUUUUGACUUACCUUACUAAAAAUAAGAAAUAUCUCUGCACUAAACUAAAGACAUGAACUUACAUCUCUGUUAUGUAUUGUUAUUUAAUAUUACAAGACAAUGGGAGCUGCAAUGAAAUAAUGCCCGUAAAAAUUUUAGGACUAGGAAAGUAUUAAUUAUAGUAAAUUACAUGAAAAAGCAAAUAACAAUGUAUGACAUUUUAAUCUUGGGGAUUUAUCUCAACCUUAUAAAAACAGAAGUAUGCUAAUUCUUUUGAGUUUUUUGGUUAUUUUCCAGUUCAUCCUGAAACAGAAACUCUUCUACUUCCUCAUUCUUAAUUGUAAUUUAACAUCUUUUGUUGUAAUAUUACAUAACAAUCAAAUUUAUUUUUUGGCAUAACAGAAAUUUAUUGCUUUUGUAUAUAUACUUUCUUUGUUUAACUCUGAAGUAGGCUUCAUAUUGUAAAUAAUGUUGAAAUUUUAUGCUUACUAAGGCAAAAUGGAAAAAAUACAUUGUACUUUAGUGGGUCAUUAAACUAUAAGUGUAAAUAGAUCUACUUAGUGCAAUAUUUCUAAUAAAAAUCAGAACAUGUUCUUUAACAACAGAAUUUGUGUUGGUGAAUACUUUUGUAAUUCUGUUACAUUUUAGUAGUAAGCCAUUUAAUUUUAAGUAUGUUUUUAAAAUGUGAUUAUGUUUAUCUUGUACUUCAAUCAUAUUUUAUUGCAGCAUUUUUGCUUUGAUCAGUUGGCUGUUUAUGCAUAUGCAUUCAAAUAAAAAUGUCUUUAUAAGUACCCUUCUUCAGAUUUUCUAAUUUGUUUUUGUAAUGGAAAAGUGACCAAACACACAGCUUUGGAGAAUGAUUUAUAAUUAUAGUAAAUUAUCUGUAUUGUUAGUGUUAUCAAUAGGUUUUCAGUAUUUCUUUACAUUG